GCCUGACCUAUUUUUAGUCAGAAAUUUUGAAGCCAGCCAGUCUUGGCUCUAGGUUAUCCCGUGAGGCUUUCACCAUACACUAGAGUCAACCUAUCUUGGCCUGACCUAUUUUUAGUCAGAAAUUUUGAAGCCAGCCAGUCUUGGCUCUAGGUUAUCCCGUGAGGCUUUCACCGUUGACUAGAAUCAACCUAUGUGGGCCUGACCUAUUUUUAGUCAGAAAGUUUUAAACAAACCUGUCAAAAUUUGUAGCAUGUUGGUAUAAAUAUAAGUAAGGCAUGCGGAAGAUUCUUUCCGUUCUCAACAUGGCUUGCAAGAGCUUGAGAGAGCGUGUGGAGUUAGUUUUUGAAAACGAAAAUUUUGAUGAGCUACCUCAAAUUUACGCCGAAUUAAAUAAAAAGUUUAAAUGUAAUUCUGUUUUGCCAUCUACUGACGUGUUGCAAAAACAACUUACUUUUGGUUUUAUCCAAAGAAAUUGCCAUGCAGAAUACUACCUUCCUGCCUAUGUGAAAGCAAAGAAGGAUGGUUGCGCAAUUACGUUGAAGUCUCAGGUCAAUGGAAAUUGCCUGUACAGUUCUAUGGCGUUGUGUUUGUUUGGGAAAAAUGUGAUGGUUGACGACUUACGAAUUCUUGUGUCAGUGGAGCUAAUGAUGAAUGCUAGCUUUUACUGUAAGCAUCCUCUAUUUUCUUCUAUCCUUGCUCUUCCAGAAAGUCUCUUUAAAUCUAUGGAAGAUAUUCUCAAUAUGUCUGUCUGCAAUUCUGCAUUUAACACAGACAAAAAACAAGAAGACUUAGUUAAGGAGGUAGCCAUUUUAAAUUUAGUAGAUCGGAAAUAUUGUUCCUUUCUUGCUAUGCUUGCUCUGUCAUCUGUCACAAACAGGAAUAUAUUUUCUUAUUACCCAGAUUAUGGAUGCAAAAAAGCUCAAAUGUUGUUUAACCAAUUAAUAGAGCCUAGACAACCAAGCUCUGCUUUUGCUAUUCACAUUUUGUUUUGCUAUGAGGGCUUACUUCCAUCCAGAGAAAAUUUUGCACCUAAUCAUUUCGUUCCAAUUAUUUUUAAGCAGAUACAUAAACGCAAGUCAGGUUCAGCUGCGGACACAAAAGUUUUAUCUCCUCCUGUGAAAAGGCAAACAAGGUUUUUUCCGGAUGCACAGGCAACAGGGAAAUUAUCUCUUGUAAAACCUGUGAUUAAAGAUAAACAGUUUAAUUUCUUUCCUAAUAAAGCUUCCUUUAACAAUAAACUAACUGAAGAUUAUAAAGAUAGUAACAAUAAUAGCACAUCUGUUGAAGAUUUUAAUAACAAUGACAAAGCUUUAAAUGAUAUUUCCUUUGCUACUGUUUUAAAUUUUGAACAUCAAUAUGACGUUGCCUCUUUCCUUUCUAAAGUUUCAGGUCUAAAUGAUAAAGGUGUACACAACCUAAUCACCAAUGUUUUUGUGCCCGAUAAAUCUUUUAUUUUUCCUAAAAAAAGUGGGCGUUCCUUUCGGCAUGAAUGGCUAAAGACCUUUUUAUGGCUUAAAUAUUCACCAACUUUGGAUGGAGCAUUUUGUUUGCCAUGUAUCCUUUUUGGUCACAAGGUUGCUAACAAAACUUCUAAGUUACAGAAAUUGCUUUCUCAACCUUUUCGACAUUGGCCAGCUGCCAAAAACUUUUUUAAACAACAUGAAACAUCAAAAAAUGGUUUACAUAUUCAAACCAGCCUAAGUUUCAUACUCAAUAUAUUUCUCUCUCUCCUCUCCCCCCCCCUCCCCAUUUUUGGUGAUGACAAACCUGAUUGAUUCAAAAUUGUCCCCGGGCUCAGUAGGCUCCGCUGACAGUACCUGGGUCAAGGAGUAACUAAGUCUUUUUUUUCCUUCUAAGCUUUCUCGAAUGCUUAAAUUUUACGUGGUGGUGAUGAAGGUGAUGAUAACGUUAUGAAUCCAAUUACCUUCUUUUUAGUUUUUUUCAUUUACCUUCUUACAGUAGUUAUAUACAGUACAUUUGUUUUUGCGAUGAUGUGACAAAACAGCAAGCUGCAAUGAUAAUACUUAACCCUCUGCAAAUUUUACAAUCAUCAUACGAUGAUGUAACAAAACAGCAAGCUGUAAUGAUAAUACUCAACCCUCUGAAAAUUUUACAAUCAUCAUACGAUGAUGUGACAAAACAGCUAGCUGCAAUGAUAAUUAAUUCCUGUGCGUGCAGUUGACAGAGCCAUUUCUUUACUUCCACUUUAACAAUAACUUCUUUCUAUAAAUAAAUUUUCCUUAUUCCGGGCUCGGCCUGACUCCAGCCGACAGUACCUGGUUUCCGGAGCGGCAUUAUGACUGUCCAUGUCGGGCUUAACGAACUAUAUUUUCAUUCUAUUUUUCGUUUGUCCUAGGCAUGCUGACGAGCCCUGACAUUGGGCGAAACAGUCUAAAAAUGAUUUAUGCUAACGAAAUACAUUUAAGUUGUCAUUCUUUUUCUAUUUGAAGUGUUUAUGCUGAGCUGCGGCGUUUAUGAGAAUGUUUCGUUUCUGUUAUCAAGGUCUAAAACGUCUGCAUACGAGGUUGUUUUUUGUCCCCGUUUAAGCCUAUUUCAGGGUUCGCAAAGCCCGUUUUAGCGAAAGCUUCUGGGGCUCCGCCCCUGACCCCGCUUGGGGGGCUUACAGCGCCCCCCAAGACCCCCAGCUGUAUAUUCAAAUUUUCUUAGUAGGUCAUGAUGCUGCGCAUCAUGACCUACAAAGAAAAUUUGCUAGAUCCGCCCCUGGCAGUUGUAUUAAGGUCGUAAUAGUUGAGUCAGUAAGGUGGUUAUCAAUUGCAUUUUGUUGGUGUCACAAAGUCAUCAGUUGAGGUAUCAUAUUUCUAAGUUCAUUCUGUACAAAAAUCUAUUCUUUACUUAUGGAAACUUCCAAAGCCACUGCUUUCAGAUAUUGCAAAGAGAAAGAUUUUUCACACCGUAAACUUCUCAUGAAGAUGGAAAUAGUAAAAAUAGGCAAAUACGGGCAAAUUUCUUUUGACACCUGGGUUUCUUUGAAAUAAAAUUGUUCCAUGAGACGAAUUGAUGUAAUAAAAUCGAAUCAGUUUGAUCAUAUUACAUUAAUUUUUGAGCAGACCAGUUUGAUUUUAUUAGAUCAAUUUUUGAGCACUUUUAUGUCAUACUGGUAUUAUUUUUUUAAUAUUACUAGUCAGUGACUUGUGGAAAAAUCUACGAGUUCACCCGUCCUUUAUUCUCCGCAAUUCGUAUAUCUAGCUACUGUGGUUACCAUUUUGCGUGACAAACAGACGCAUACAGGUAUUAUUAUAUAGACUAGUCGUUAACCCGUGAAAAAAUCCACGCGGUUGCCCGUCCUUUAUAUAUCGCGUUUCGUGUUUCGGUAACAGGACGCGACUUUCGCUGACAGACAGACAGACGACGGCUAUUAUUUAAGAGAUUCAUGAUUUUUUUAUAGAAUGUAUACGCAACAAUUUAAGUCAAUUUGAGUUAAUAUUAUUUUCGAAAAAUUGAUCUGGAAAAUUGUUCCGUGUAUUCAAACUUUUAUUUUUACAUAAAAAUAUCAGGAAACAUAAUACAUGCUAGUGUAAUUAGUAUAGACUAGUCGGUGGCCUGUGGAAAAAUCCACGUAUUCAGCCGUCCUCGCUACUUGCGGUACCAUUUUCCGUUACAGACAAACAUAUAUGGGUAUUAUAAUAUAGAUAGUACUUUGAAGUAUUUAACAAAAUACGUUUAUUUAACGUAUAUUUAUUGACAGAUAGGUUGACAGAUAGGUUUCUCAAUUAUUGAGAGACUAGUCGAUAAGCCCCGUGAAAAAACCCACUCAGGCAGAUUUAAAAGUAAAAAAGGGUCAGUUGAAUUUUGAUGACGUCAGCAACCCAUCCACAAAAAAUAAUUUAAAACUUGUUUUCAUGUUGCUUCUGUUGUGUAGAGCUUAAAGCGUUGAUCGAGAAAAUGUAUAGAAUCAUAUGUUUGCGACGAACGCCUAAACAAAGGUAUAUAGUAAAUUGUUAGUGCAGUAUUAAAUUCAGUAAAUUUAAUUGUUACAAGAUUAAAAAUAUGUAAUAAUGCUAUCUAAUUAAACACCUUUGUAAACCAGGAAACUCACAGAAGACAAAUAACUAGUCUUAUCAUUGAGAACCUGUUGAAAUAACAUAUCAUGCUCUUGCUAUAAAGACGCUUGUAUAUAAAAAUAUGCAUGAAAAAGAGAAUUAAAAUAACCUACGUAUAAAAUGCUAAAUAACAAAUGCCUGCAAAAGAUAAAUUAAGAUCUAAAAGUAUAAGACUUUAUUGUUCAAUCUGUGUAAUAUAAAUGUUUUUACUUUGUUUUGAAAACAUUUAAAGGAUCGCUCAUUGUCAAGUACAAAUCUAACAAUUUUGUGUAUGCUAUUCCAGAUAUACUGACCACGAUAUGGAGUUGAAAACUCACUGGCCUUAGUUUUUCUGUAUGGUGGAUAGUACUGGCCGGAUGACCUGGUUGAAUAUUUACUUUCUCUUACUUGAAACAUGUUAGAAAUUAUGGAGGGUAUAGAUUUGUUUUUCAUUUUAUACAUAAAGCAUACAUUCUGAAAAAUAUUUAUCUGGAAAAUAUUUAAAGCGUUUAUAGACUGAAGUAGUGGUUUGCUAUGCGUAAGUUUGUCUUGGAAAAGAAUAGUCCUUACAGCGUGUUUUUGACGUUUAUAUAUCGAUUCAAGUUUAGAUUUAUCAGUGCUGCCCCAAACUAUAUUUGCGUAAUUUAUAUAACUAUGUACGAAUGAAAAAUAUAAAUUUAUUAGACAAUGUUUAUUUAGGAGGUGUCGAGCUUUAUAAAGAACACCAAUAGAGUUUGAAAGUUUUAUACUUACAGUUUCAAUGUGUUUCCGCCAGGUAAGACUCUCAUCUAGUAAAAUUCCCAGGAACUCCGUUUCUGUUUCACGUGAGAUUGUGAAAUCUCCGAUUUUUAAUUCCGGUAAUAUUGUUGGUAGUCUCUUUCUUUUAUGCGCUCGGUGGAAUAAUGUAUAUUUGGUCUUUUUAACAUUUAGAGAUAAUUUAUUUGCCUAAACCACUCUGUUAGUUUUAUAAGUUCGUUGUGUACAGUUCUGUAGAGUGUAUUGAGAUCUUUAUGAGAAUAGAAAAGGUUAGUAUCAUCUGCAAACAUAAUGGGAUUUAGAAAUUGAGUGGAAUAAUGAAGAACAUUAAUGUAAAUCAAAAACAGGAGAGGCCCAAGUAUAGAGCCUUAAGGGACCCCACAUUUUAUCGCCAGAUUAUCAGUUCUUUUGCCAUUCCCAGCAUUGAAAAACUGUGUGCGAUUAGAUAAAUAACUUUCAAACCACUUUAACGUAAUUCCGUCUAUACCAUAUGCAUGUAGUUUUUCUAGUAAAAUCUUAUGAUUAGCAGUAUCAAAAGCUUUUGAAAGGUCAAUAAACACACCCAGGGUAUAUUUAUCGCUUAAAAAGGAAUUGUGUAAAUCUUCCACAAGUUGCAUAAUGGGAUAUAAGGGGUUUAAAAUUUUGCUGACUUCAGCAAAGACCAGUCAAAGCACAAAAAAUUUUUUAGAAAUUUGUAUAUCCGUUGUCUUUAUCGUAUAGAUCUUGAAAUGGUGAUCAAGAAAAUGUAUUGAAUCAUGUACUUCUAACAAACGGUUACGGAAAUAUUGUGGUUUAAAGGUUUUUUGAUGACGCCAUAAACCUGUGCAUUCCAAAACGGAGACACAGGUUUGGAAAACUUACACAAAUUGGUCCCAGGUGGUCCCUACUUUCCCACGUGGUGAAAAAAGGUUGACGUCACCACCUCGUUUCCAAGUUGUUUGGCAUCAAAGUUUUAAGGUGGUAGGGCUAUAAAAAAUACCUUAAAACGCUAAAAAUUACAUUUUUUUUUCUUUUUUGGAAUCUGAGUAUUUAAUAUAUCUACUUUCCAUUACCAAUCAAUAAUAAUGAUAAACUGAUACAUUUUGUGCUUUUUGAGGCUUUAGAAACUCGUUUAUAGCAAAAAAGUUCCUUAGCAACGCCCAUAGUUACCACAUCAAGAAGUUUUACCCAAAUUUACCUCUCCCUUUAUUGCCCCAAAUUUAGAGACACUGAUCUGGAAGAGAUAUUGACAUAUCUACUUUGCUUUCUGAUUAUUUUGCCGGUCUAAAACCCACAUUUUAAAAUCACAAAUCCCAUUUAAAGUGAAGUUAGCUAGCUAGCUACUUUAACUAUAUAACGUUGUCAGUAUGGAUAAAAAUAAUGCAGAUAACCAACAGGAUACUAGCAAAAUUACUACUAGAAAUUAAAAAAAAGGUUGCGAAGCAUUUCGCAAGUUGCAAGCAAAAUUAAACUAUCCAAUACUUUGUCCCUAGCGCUUCUUGUUUCUUUGGCGCUAACAUCUUCCGAAAUACAUCAAAAUUGAAUAUCAUAUAGAAGAACCCUGGGGACGAGGUAGGAAAAUGAACGCUCUGCGGAACAAUUCGUUGCUCAAAAACAGUUUUUUUUG